GCCACCCUGCUCGCAAGCCCGCCAGAGAACUACACGCUACGUAGUAUCAGAGUACGCGACGCCUGCCGCCUACCCGUACUCGGAAUCACCAAUUCCCUUCGCCCCGGGCUACCCCUCCGCCUCAGCGCCCUCCGCAACCUAAGACUCCGCAGCCAUGGGCUGGUUUAGCUCAAGUCCAAAGGACGACUCUGGCAUUAAGAAGACAGAGGGCGGCGCAUUCGAGUCUCCCUCACGGUCAAACCGCAAGCAAUGCUACGCAGCACGCGAUGCCUUUUUCGAAUGCCUCGACAAGAACAACAUUCUGGACAGCAUAAAUACAAAGUCUGGGCGGGACAAGGCCGCCAGUUUCUGCGGGCAAUUGGACAAGGAGUUUGAAAAAAACUGUGCACACAGCUGGGUUGAGUACUUUAAGAAGCAACGAGUCGUCAACUACCAACGCGAACAGACAAUCAAAAAGAUUGAAAUGCAGGGCGGCGAGAUCCAGGCACCCCAAUUACCACUGCCGGGCCAGAACAAGUAAUUUGCGGCGCUCUCCAGAAAGAUUGGCACGUCAGUCUGAUCAGCUGUUCGUUUUUAACGCCCCUCAUGACCUUGUAUAAUAUAUAGUAGUAGUAAAAAAAA